AUGUUUUAUACAGGAGGUGUGCCAUUCAAUCUUGCAAGAAAUCCUAGCUAUCAUCGGUCUUAUCAGUUUGCUGCUGCCAGUAAGCUUGAUGGGUAUGUACCUCCAAGUUAUAAUAAGCUCUGGACAACAUUAUUGCAGCAAGAGAAGAACAAUUUUGAGAAGUUGUUAGUGCCACUGAAAUCGACAUGGAAGGAAAAAUGGGUGACGAUUGUGAGUGAUGGUUGGAGCGAUCCUGUAAGAAAACCUCUGAUUAAUUUCCUAGCUACUUCUGGAAGUGGUCCUAUGUUUCUCAAGGCUGAGAAUUGUUUCGGCGAGGUAAAAGAAAAAUUCUUCAUUGCUAAAUUGUUGGAAGAAGUUAUUCAUCAAGUGGGUGAUCAAAAUGUUGUACAAGUCAUCACUGAUAAUGCACCAAAUUGUAAGGCAUCUGGAGAUCUUAUUGAGGGCAGGUUUCCUCACAUCUAUUGGACACCAUGUGUUGUUCAUACUCUCAAUCUGGCUUUGAAAAAUAUCUGUGCAGUAAGGAAUGUGGAAGCAAAUCAAGAAACAUAUGAGGAGUGUAAUUGGAUUACUGAAAUUCAUGGAGAUGCCCUUGCAAUAAAAAACUUCAUCAUGAAUCACAGCAUGAGGCUAGCAAUUUUUGGUAAGUUCUGUCCGCAGAGAUUACUUAAGGUUGCUGAUACACGGUUUGCCUCAAUCAUUGUGAUGCUCAAGAGAUUGAAGCUUAUCAAAAGGGGUCUUCAAGCCAUGGUUAUAAGUGAAGAAUGGUCUACUUACAGAGAUGGUGACAUUGGGAAAGCAAGCUUUGUUAAAGAGAAGUUUGUAGAUGAUGACUGGUGGGAAAAGACCAAGAUGUGGGACAUUGGUGGAGAUGGAUUUGAUUCUAUGGAAGAUGUUGGAUUUUUGGAGUUUGCUGACCUUUCACUAGAUGAACCGGAUUUCGAAAAUGAGCUACUAGAGGAUUAG